CUCAUUUUCUUACGAACAUUCUUGACCCCAGAUAUCAAGGUUCCAGCUAUUCAGCAGAAAAGAACAGUGGCAUUUCUAAAUCAGUUUGUAGUUCACACAGUGCAGUUCCUCAACCGUUUUUCUACUGUUUGUGAAGAGAAGUUGUCAGCUCUAUCUCUUCGUAUCCAACAAAUUGAAACAACACUUAACAUUUUGGAUGCAAAGUUGUCAUCUAUUCCUGGCUUAGAAGAUGUCAAAUUUGAAGUAUCCAGUGCAAAUAUGAACAGUGUUACUAAUGGUCCAGUUCCACAAGCCACUACAGAUCAGCACUCAGUAUCUGUGUCUCCUCAGUCGGAACAGAAUAGCAUACAUGAGAGAGGACAACAGAAAACAGAAGUAGCAGCAGAACAUGUCAUGACUGUAGCCAAGGAUCCAAGAUAUGCUAGAUACCUCAAAAUGGUUCAAGUGGGAGUUCCUGUAAUGGCCAUAAGAAACAAAAUGAUUUCUGAGGGGCUAGACCCAGAUCUCCUUGAGACACCAGAUGCCUUAGUGCCUGCUUGGGGAGAUGAAGUGAAUGGAGAAGAAAGUUCUGAUAGUGAAUCUUCAUUUAGUGACUAAAGAGACUGAUUUCUGCCUUAGGGAACUUUUGAUAAGUGCUAUAUGUCUGGAGCUUUUUACCAUAUAGCAGGAGAGUGGUAAAUUAUUCAUAAAGUUCAAACCAAACCAAAUAACUUUUUUGGUGCUAAGGUCCUCAUGUUAUCUUCCAGUAAAUUUUAACAGACAACACAUUCCACCCAAACUAAGAUCUCAAUCCAUAUUGCUCAUAAAAAUUAUCACAACCUUAGAUGGUCUUGUAUAUGAUUUGUCCAUCUUGCAGAAGUAAAAAAUACUCUAUGUAUUAAACUGUCGUUUGUUGAACUCUAAUAAAGACCUUGGUCUGAUAUUAGACUUGUAAUUUAACAUUUUGCUUAUCUAAAUUCAUUCUUCCUAUCCCAUAGCUUGCAAGCUAGACUUUUCAAAAUAGAAUGACUUAAGUGAAACACCAUAUCAUAAGAAACACUACAGUGCAUUAGUCUGAAAUUAAGUGAUGCAGCAGAAAAUACAGAAGAUGGCUAUUUUAUAAUGAACACGAGGAGUUCUUUAUCACAAACUGAUCUAAAAAUCAGAUUUUCAAAAAAGUAUAUCUGGCUUUGAAAGCGUAAACUGCUUUUCAGACUCUAAUUUGUUAUAAAGUUUGUUUAACUUCUAUUUCUUAAAGCAAAUCUAUAUCAAUCCAGAUCAGACUAGAAUACAAGGCUACAAGACUCCAACAAGUUCUUUUGAAAAUGGCAUUGUGAAGCCUUUCACCAUUUGUUCAUUGUGGUUUAGGUCAGUAAUGACCAAAGGUAGUAACCACAUUCUGAUAGCUGUCUGGCUUAUUUGAAAUGACAUGGGAUCUUAGUCUAUCUUACAGUGGACAAGAAACCCUCUCAUAAUUGAUAUCCUUGUUGGUAGCUUCAGCAGAGAAACUAAGGAUUCAUUUUACAAAGAUGGUAAACCGCCCUCUCAUCUCUGCAGGUCAUGUCUUUGAACUGCAGUUAAGCUACAUUGUGGGGGUCAGUGUGAGGAAACCCAGUUUGUGUCUGAUACAGCCAUAAGUUUUAUUAGAGGGUCCAUUCCAUCCUCCUGCCUUUAGCAGUGCUUCAGAUAAAGGCUUUAUUCUGGCAGGUCAUCUGCUCAUUCUGUAACUAAGACCACUCUUAUAUAAGCAAAAUGGAAAGAGCAAAACUAGCCAGAUCUACAAUUAAAUUAAAUUAAACUGUGUCAUAAGAGAUGCAGGAAAAAAUCACAUCUUGAGCGCAACAGUUGAGCUGCCUUAAGCCUCAAUAUAGACAUAGGGAGGUUGAAAGUAUUCUUCCCAAAAAAGCCGUUCCAUCGCUAUAGAAUCAUCUACACUAUGGGCAUUACAGUGGCAAACCUGCAAGAUUGUCUGUUCUUCUAGCUCCUGUUGUAUGGGCAUAGCCUCUCUCUCUUUAACCUCUAUAUUUAACCCAUAUGAAAACAUAUGUGCACUGAAGAAUAACUAGUGAAUAUUAAUAUAUGAAGUUUAAGUUAGCACUUUCUCAAAUAACAAGUAUUAAGAUGUUAGCAAUAAAUAAUUAUUUCAAAA